CCUCCUCCGCCAUGGCCAGCAGCGACUUCUACCUGCGCUACUACAUCGGGCACGAGGGCCGGCACGGGCACGAGUGGCUCGAGUUCGAGUACAACCGCGGCCGCCUGCGCUAUGCCAACAACAGCAACUACCGCAACGAGAGCCUGCUGCGCAAGGAGAUGUGGGUCUCGCCGCUGCUCGUCGAGGAGCUGCGGCGGCUCGUGCAGGAGUCGGAGAUCAUGAAGGAGGACGACGGCAAGUGGCCGAAGAAGAACAUCGUCGGGCGCCAGGAGCUCGAGGUGCGCCUGGGCAACGAGCACAUCAGCUUUGAGACGGCCAAGCUGGGCUCGCUGGUCGAGGUGCAGGACUCGGAGGACCCAGAGGGGCUGCGGGUGUUCUACUACCUCGUGCAGGACCUCAAGUGCCUCAUCUUCAGCCUCAUCAGCCUGCACUUCAAGAUCAAGCCGAUCUGAAGGGCGCCGGGCAGCAGGGAUCAAUGAGACGCGUCUGGGC